UAAUAACAACAAAAUAUUUUUAGAAUAUAGCACGCCCAUGUGGUCUAUCUUUCCAGAUUACGGCUACUCCAGUACACGGCCAUAUGUAUACAGACUAAAGUGGCGGGUAAAAUAUGUGAAGCUGAUUCAAAACUCCAAUUCAAUUCAGAUUGUUCAAAUUUUUGGUUGGCAAAGAAGAUGGCUGCAGCGUUAAUUGCGACGAGUUUAUUUACAUCCCAAAUGUUUCCAGCCCCGGCUGUUAAUGUUAAAGGUGAUCAUGCAUCUAGUUGCUGUGCAGGGAAUUUCUUCAGUAUAUGGAGAUGUGGAAGAUUACGGUUAGGAGGAACAAAGAAGGAUUUUCCUUUUGCGGCAGAACACUCGAGGGUUUUGGUUUGUGCUAAAUCUUCAGCAAACCUCAAUGAACUAUGGGAGGAUCCUAAAGAAAUUAGUGAUAGUGAAGAUGAAGAUGAAGACAAGGAAGCUGAAGCAGGAGAAAAUGAUUUAGAUUUUGAGAGUGACUGGGAAGCAGAUAAGGGUGCUGUUCAAAUUUCUAAUAGAAUUGCUGAAUUGUCAGCAAGCAACUAUGAGGAUGAACUCAUCAAAGAGGUUGAACAGCUUCUGGAACCGGAAGAAUUAGCAAUUUUGCAGCAUAAUAUGACUCCUGACAUGAAGAAGAUUUCAAGUUCAAAGUGGAACUCUCUGCAUACACUUGCUCUAGCAGGGCAAAUACCUUACAUGGACCGGCUUCUAGAAGAGGGGCUUAAUAUUGACCUCGUAGAUAAGGAUGGUUUGACAGCUCUUCAUCAAGCAAUAAUAGGUAAAAAGGAAGCAGUGAUAAGUCAUCUCUUGAGAAAGGGUGCAAAUCUUCAUGCUAAAGAUUUGGAUGGUGCCACCCCACUUCAUUAUGCAGUUCAAGUAGGUGCUGUGCAAACUGUGAAGUUGCUGAUCAAACACGGGGUUGAUGUGAACGUAACUGAUAAUGAAGGAUGGACACCAUUGCAUGUUGCUAUACAAAGUAGAAAUAGAGACAUAGCCAAACUUUUACUGGUCAAUGGAGCAGACAAGAACAUUACAAAUAAAGAUGGUAAAACACCGCUUGAUCUUAGUUUAUGUUAUGGAAAAGAUUUUAAAUCUUAUGACCUUGCGAAGCUAGUGAAGUUGGUACCAUACAACAGGUAAUGUUGACAAUAUCUUACCAAUCCACUCUGGAAUGACGGCUUUUACUUCCUGUUAUCAACUCAUGCGGGGCGAUCAUUUGAUUAAGUUGAUCACAGACCUUGGACCUUAACUGAGGUGAUCAAGCUGCACCUACAGAAUUAAAGAUUCUGUUAUGAGAUAAUAUGAUAGGUUUGUAAAUUUUUUAACAUGCAAACAAUUGUCUGGUGGGAACUCAAAUGUAAUAGUAUAGUGAUAAUGUGAUUAGUGAAUGCAAUAUGAAACAAUUGUCUGUCAGUUUUCAUUCUUUGUAUGCACUGUUUUAGUUAAAAUAUAGUGUUAUAUUUAUAUC